AUGUCUGAUUCAAAUUCCUCGGAGAAAAAAGCAAACCCUGCCAAAUCCUUUUUGAGCGGAGGUUUUGGCGGUAUUUGUACGGUUAUAUCUGGCCACCCUCUGGAUACAAUUAAGGUACGCUUACAAACAAUGCCUCGCACUGGUCCCGGCGAAGCUCCUUUAUACAAAGGUACAUUCGAUUGUGCUGCCAAAACCAUCAAAAACGAAGGUUUUUUGGGCUUAUAUAAAGGCAUGUCCGCUCCUAUAGUAGGAGUUGCACCUAUUUUCGCCCUCUGUUUCGCCGGUUAUGCGCUUGGCAAACGUGUUCAACAGACUGAGGGAAACACUAAACUUAAUUAUAGACAAAUAUUUGUAGCUGGAUCAUUCUCCGGUUUACUUUCAACUAUUAUUACUGCUCCUGGUGAGCGCAUAAAAUGUUUGUUGCAAAUCCAACAAGCCUCUUCGGGAGCUGAACGUAAAUACAACGGUAUGCUUGACUGUGCUGGAAAGCUAUAUAAGGAAGGUGGUAUACGGUCAAUCUACAAGGGCAGUUGUGCUACAUUAUUAAGAGAUUUGCCUGCCAAUGGCGUCUAUUUCUUAGCCUAUGAGGCCAUACAAAAUUAUUCUAAAAAACAAUCUGGUAGUGACCAGGUGUCACUAGCUGUCACCUUAUUUGCUGGCGGUUCGGCCGGUAUUGCCUACUGGUUGGUUGGUAUGCCAGCCGAUGUACUAAAGAGUCGUUUGCAAACUGCUCCCGAGGGUACGUAUAAGAGCGGUAUUCGUAGUGUAUUUAAGGAAUUGAUGGUUAAGGAUGGUCCACUUGCCUUAUAUCGUGGUAUUACACCAAUUAUGAUCCGUGCCUUCCCUGCCAAUGCCGCUUGCUUCUUUGGCAUUGAAUUAGCGAAUAAAUUCUUUGAUAAAUUCUUCCCCAACUUUUAA